AAAAAAAAUGCAUCAAGAAAAUGAUGAAUAUGAUAUCCCAAGCGAAUAAUAAAUUUAUUCAUCUUUCUAGUCAGAUCAUGACAUUAGCAAGCUUAACUUCCUUGCCAAUUUUAAAGGCUCUUAUGAAAACUAACAUAUUUGUUAUGUAAUUAGGUAAUUUAAAUAAAAUAGUUGGCUAAGUACUUUAUAGAAUUAGAUUUCAAACGAACAGAGCCAUCGUAAAUUAAUACAUAUGCACAUUGUCUUUAUAAACUUGGUUGUGAAUUAAAAAAUAAAAAUCCUAAUCUAAUAACUAAAAUUCUUUAUAAUUUAAGAAAUGUAUUUCUAAAUAUUAUUUUAUUUAGAUUUUAGAACAAAUACAAUUUAUUAGUGAGUUUCAUAUUGCCUUUUUGUAAUCAUGCAUAAUUACCUAUAAUUAUAAACUUGGUUAUUAAUUUAUCAAAUCUAAAAUAUUUAUAUAAGGAGGUUUUGAAAAGAAAAAUAAUUUAUUUGUUGAGUAUUUUUAUUUUUCUGGUUUGAUUGCCUAAGCAUAACAAGUAUAAAAAUUGAGUUAUUGUAGGAUUUUGAUGAGGCUUUAAGAUGCUAUAAACUUGCUAAUAAAUUUAACCCAAUAAAUAAUUUCUCCUCAGAGGCUCAGAAAAUGGAAUCUUUGCUAUGUUUUAGAUUGGGUUAGGAAUUAAGAAAUUGGUCAAAUCCUGCAAGUCAAUUUUUAGUAUAUGAAUUGUCUAAUUUUCUCUAAUAAAAUAAAGAUUUUAAAUAAUUUGAAGAUAAAAGUAUAGAUAAAAACUUAUAUUAAUAAGAUUAAGAUGUUAAAGUAUAUUAAAAAUUUUUCACAUAUAUAGAUUUGUGUAAAGGAAUGGUCAUAAUCAGCAGAGCUAUAUUAAUUUUUAUAAAAUGAAUAAGAAAUUCAUUCAAAAGUAUCCUUUGAUUUCAUCCUUAAUCAUUUAAAAGUGUAAGAUCAAGAAAUUCUUAUUGAAUUUUUGUUAUAAAUCAAUAAAAUUCAUAACAUGUUUUUAAUUAACGAAGAGAGACGUUACAUUGAAUUUAAAUAUAACAAUUUAACCUAUUAACAAAUUAAUAGUAAAUUGGAAUAAAGAUAUAAUUUGCUUAAAGCGUUAGCAAACAUAAAGUGA